GGCACUGAAUUGAAUGGGGACGACGCCUUGCCCAGUCCCGAGUACCUGGAGCACAAACUGGAGGAGCUUGAAUUUGCCAUUCGCCGAGAAGAGGCCACCUAUAAAAGAGGCCUUGGAGAAGUCGAUAGUUCCAAAUACCUCGGAGCGAGGUCGCUACCCGAUGGCCAGAGUAAGGAUGACAUUAUCUCCCGAAUUGACGCAGCACGACGAGUGUUCUCUAGCCUUUGGAAGUACUUAUGGACCCGACGCGAUAUUUCCAUCUCAACAAAGAUCGGCGUGUACCGUGCAUCUGUACGGUCCGUUAUUCUAUACGGAUGCGAAUGUUGGGCUCUGCGCGUGGAAGAUGAACAGAAACUGGAAGUCUUUGACCACUACUGUCUGAGAAACGUCCUUCAAGUGAAGUUCACCGACUUCGUCUCAAAUGAGACAGUCCGCACUCGCUGUGACAACAUCGCAAGGAUACUCCAGGCAAUCCAAGAAAAGCGACUAAAGUGGUUUGAAAACGUUCUUUGUCGUCAACCUCACGAGCUCAGUGUUACUGCCCUUGACCUGAAACCGUUACCUAAUUGGAAACGUCGAAGUAGGAGUCAGUUCAAAACCUGA